CCGGGGCCACCAACAAACAAGCUUUCCCGAACAAGCAGAAGAGAGGACAGAGGAGGACCAUACCGUAAGAGAAAAUCAGCGUCUCAAACUCCCAACGAGACAAACAAGAACCAAUUCGAUCGUCCGGGGAUCGAUGGAGCCCGAUCCGUCCAAGUCGCCGACGGGGGGAUCUUCGUCGCUCAUCUUCCUGGGCACGGGCUGCUCCGGCGCGCUGCCCGACGCACGGUGCCUCCUCAAGCCGUCAACGCCGCCCUGCGCCGUCUGCUCCAUGGGCAUCUCCCUCCCUCCGGAGGGGAACCCCAACUACAGGCUCAACACCUCCCUCUUGGUAGACUAUUGCCAUGGAGAUGGAACCCACAAGUACAUCCUAAUCGACAUCGGCAAGACCUUCAGAGAGCAAGUUCUCCGGUGGUUUGUCCACCACAAAGUUCCUUACGUUGACUCGAUCAUUCUGACUCAUGAGCAUGCAGAUGCUGUAUUAGGCCUUGACGAAGUCUGGGUGGUACAACCAAGAAAUGACCGAAACGAUGUCGAGAAAAUUCCUAUCUUCCUCACACAAUUCACGAUGGACAGUAUCGCGAGAAGAUUCCCCUACUUGGUGGAGCAGAAGCCAGAGGAUGGCGAUGAAGAUGCCCAAGCCGCAAAAAUCGAGUGGAAGAUAGUUCAGGAUGAUGUUGAGAAACCGUUUGUAGCAUCAGCACUAGAAUUUGUGCCAUUGCCGGUAAUGCAUGGAGAAGGGUAUAUUUGUUUAGGCUUCUUAUUUGGGAGGAGAGCCAGAGUUGCGUAUUUAUCUGAUGUCUCAAGAUUUCUACCUAAAACCGAGCAUGCUAUUUCGAAGUCUGGUGCUGGACAAGUUGACCUACUUAUACUAGAAGCAAACUCUUUGCAUGGAGUUGGAGAUUCUUUCAGCACCCAUUUAACCCUCAGUGAGAGUCUUGAUGCUAUCAAGAGGAUCCAUCCUAAAAGAGCUCUGUUGAUUGGAAUGAGGCAUUUUUUUGAGCAUCAGAGAGAAAACCAGAUGUUGGCAGAAUGGUCUAUCAGAGAAGGAAUACCGACACAACUUGCUCAUGACGGCCUGCGAGUCUCCAUUGACUUGUAAUAAGGUAUGCAAGGUUGCUAUGCAAUACUUGAGGACGACUACUUGGCACCUUUGAACAAUUUAAAUCAUGUCAGUGCAGAUUGCAGCAUUCAUAUAUCUUUUUCUGAUUCAGCAAAGAUCCACAAUAGCAGUAGUUGUAGCAGUUAUUUUGUGAUCUUUUAUGUAUCCAAAAGAUUGUAAGUUUGCUCAUGUUGAUAUUUAUAUACACCAUAUAGUAUAUUGUUCUAUUGUUCUCAAAUAGAUGUGACGGUAGUUCUUUUUUCAUGUAAAUUUCUCUUAUACAAUGAAGUAAGGCUCAUGAGGCCCAAUAGUCCGAUUUUGAUACUGGAGCAUCGGCCAUGUACUUGAAACCCUUGGUGACCAUAUGAACCCAAUGUGGAAGUGAGAGGAGAUCAAAUGGCCGGAAAUGACUAGAACUGAAGGUCGGACGGACGGAAACAUUUAUGGCAUGAGAUGGUUGGAAAAGUGCACAAUUAUAAUGUCUCUAAAUACAUUUCAGUGUCUAGGAGAGCUUGCUAUAAACAACUAUUGAAGAGA